GCAAGUGUUGUUUCAUUUCAUUUCUGUUUCGGAGGAAAGGUCCAGAAGCGCCGCUGCCGCCGCCGCCGCAACGACACCGCUCCCUCCGGCAUGGCGCCGGCGUACUUGGCGACCAUCCACGCGCUCCGGCGCGCGGCGCGGUGGGCCCCGGCGGCGCUGUUCUCGUCGGGGAUCGUCGCCGGCGACAAGCCCGUUCUGGUGCGCGAUUUCGUGAGGUCGGCGCUCUACGACCCCAACCACGGCUACUUCUCCAAGCGGUCGGGGCCCGUCGGCGUGCUCGACUCCGCCAUCCGCUUCCACAAGCUCGAGGGGAGGACUGCGUACAUGAAGCAUCUUGAUAAGCUGUAUAAGAUGCAUGAUAUCUCUUGGUUUACUCCAGUGGAGCUUUUCAAGCCAUGGUAUGCCUAUGCAAUAGCUGCGUCAAUCCUUCGCACGGCUAAUCUUUCAGUCCCAUUGAAGAUAUAUGAAAUCGGAGGUGGAUCCGGGACAUGUGCAAAGUGCGUACUUGAUUACAUGAUGUUAAAUGCUCCGCCAAAAGUCUACAAUAAUAUGAAAUACAUCUCAGUAGAGAUUAGCUCCUCCCUUGCUGAAAAGCAGUUGGAAACUGUCGGUGAAGUGCAGAGCCAUUUGUCAAAGUUCACAGUGGAGCAUCGUGAUGCAACUGACAUAGCUGGAUGGGGCUGCAAGGACCCUCAACCAUGCUGGGUGCUAAUGCUUGAGGUACUUGACAAUCUACCUCAUGACCUUGUCUAUUCACCAGAUCAGGUCUCUCCAUGGAUGGAGGUGUGGAUUGAAAAAGUAAAUGGCAGUUCACAAGUCUGUGAGGUCUACAAACCAUUGCAAGACCCAUUAGUUUCCCGCUGCAGUGAGAUUGUUGGCAUGAAUGAAGAGAAUCCAUCUUUGAGAGAAAAACUAUCAUUCGCUGCAAAAGGACUCGUCUCAAAAGUAUUCCCGAAGCCUAGGAGAGCUUGGUUACCAACCGGAUGUUUGAAACUACUGGAUACUUUGCAUCAAACUUUGCCAAGUAUGUCCCUUAUUGCUUCAGACUUCAGUUAUCUUCCUGAUGUUAGCAUACCUGGCGAUAGAGCUCCAUUGGUUUCUUCAAAGAAAGAUGGGAAAACUUUGGAUCAUCCCAACUAUCUUGAUGCACAGGGCGAUGCAGAUAUCUUCUUCCCAACCGAUUUCUUGCUGUUGGAGCAGAUCGACCACCACUGCUCUGGUUUCUCGAAAGACCAGAUGAAGCGUGGUGCAUUUAAACCAGUGAAGAGUAGGAGAACAAUCAUACUUGAUUCGGCUGCCUUUAUGGAGGAGUUUGGGAUGCCACUGAAGACGAGGACCAAAGAUGGAUACAAUCCACUUCUUGAUGAUUUCAGGAACACAAAGUUCUAUCUCAGUGUGCCUACCCACAACAAGAAGUAGUAGUCCAGCAUGCCUGCAUCGCUUCUUCUGUUUGCCAUGAGGCCCUGCAUUAGACGCGCAACUCAGUAAUCAAUUUGCCAGAGCAGGUUAUUCAUGUUUUUUUUCCCUGUAGAAGACUGAAAUUUAGGCUGGUCAAAUUUUGUUUGAACUGACUUUUGGAAGUCAAGUUCUCUUAAUAAAAAUAUGUUGCCGCCUUUUCUA